CCCAGAGAGGAGCAGCAGAAACCUGAGCAAAGGAAUUUAAGUUUAAGAAGACAGUGAUUCUCCCUACUAUGAUGCCUACAGCUGAAGGCAUGUCCCACAUGAUACCCUGCCAUGUUCUGAGAGUUGGUCAAACCAUCUGCCUUGAAUCAUCGCAGGAAAAUGUUUCUCAGGCACCUGGUCUGUCAAAGCCAAAUUGCCAACUUGAUGACCCCAAUCUCGACAUGACCUUGGAAAAUCUCAAUCAAAUAAUGUUGGAACUGGAUCCUACUUUCGAACCGAUCCCGGUCAACAAGAGCCCCACUUGCAGGAGCCCUCCAACAGGCUCCUUGUGCUCAGAUGACUCCAAUGGCGCCUCCCACUGCGUGCUGAUUCCCAGAGGAUGUCCUCCCAGCUCGUCGCCUGCUGUGUCGCCCAGUAUCCCCAUCCCCACGCCCAGCAUGCUGAGAUGCAGCCCCAGCAGCACUCUGGUGUUCUCCACCUCCCCUUCGUCCUCCCUGCCACCUCUUCCGUUCGGAAGUGCUCCCAGGCGGAACCGUUCACCAAAAGCCGACCUGGCCUCUUCCCCAGGAUCACUGCGCCUGUCCAGCUCCAACAGAAACAGUGCCACCUCGCUCACCUCCAUGUCCACGUGUUCAGAUACCAGCUACAUUAUGGGCAGCAACCUGUCCCUGGCUGAAGACCUGGACUCUCCAGAGUCCGUCCCUUCUGGAGCCCCAGGCUCCUUCGGCGACGGCUCCAGUUGUCAGCCGUCUGGCAUCAGGCCCUCGCUGACAAAGCGGGAUCAUCUACACGAACCGCACAGCAGAGGAGCCAACAGCAGUCCUGCUUCACUCGCUGGCUCCCAGACAGAUAUUCCCCUGCUGCUGAUCAAUGGAGCGCCACAGUCAGACCCGCACCUCUUUGGGUCAGAACCCGACCUGAUCCACAAAGUCCCCGCCUCUCCCUCAAGACGGAGGUGUUUUCAAGCCAGCUUCACGGGCAGCCAGCCAUCUAUGAAAUUUGUCAUGGACACGUCAAAGAUUUGGUUUCGUCCACACAUCAGCAGAGCGGAAGCUGACGCCUUUUUAAAGGACAAGGAAGCUGGGACAUUUGUAGUGAGAGACAGCACUUCGUACAGAGGAAGCUUCGGUUUGGCCAUGAAAGUGGACCAAUCCCCCACCACCUGCACAGCUGCUGGCUAUCCAGGAGAGAGCAGCUCAGAUCUUAUCAGGCACUUUCUGAUUGAAUCAUCCGCUAAAGGCGUUCGCAUCAGAGGUUCUUCUCAGGAACCAUACUUCAGCAGUCUCCCAGCUUUGGUUUACCAGCACACGAUCUCUGCCUAUGCGCUACCCUGCAGACUACUGCUAAAUCACCAGGAUCUGGACACAACAGGGGAGAAAAUGAAUGAAAAGGCAUCAUCGCAGGACAAAAGUAAAACAGCCAGCAAUUUUGUCUAUCUGAAUGCCGUUCCCACUGAGAUGCUGACGGGCCCCUGUGCCGUGCAGAGGGCUGUGUCCUCCACGCUUGAGAAGGCACCCGGUUCUUUCACACCGACAGUUGUCAACAUGAAGGUGUCUCUGAAGGGUGUCACACUCACUGAUAUCAACAGGAAGCUCUUCUUCAGGCGCCACUACCCUGCUUACCUCCUUAGCUACAGCGGCGUAGAUCCAGACAAUCGACCGUGGUUGAAAGGAACAGGUUUCAGCGCAAGGAUGUUUGGUUUUGUGGCAAAAGGUGUCGAAGCUGGCAUGGAAAAUGUUUGCCAUGUUUUUGCAGAAUGUGACCCCUUGCAGCCCUGUGGCAAAGCCGUCGAGUUUAUUCAGGCUGCCAUAGACAAGCAAUAGACAGCCAAACUCUGAUAGCCUCCUACUGCCUGUCUUACUCUGUGCUGCCUUACUGACUGAGCGCUCCUAAAUGCUGGUUAAAGUGCGUUUUACUACUGCUGAUAAACUGGUCAGGUUACUGUCUUUUCUGGACUGAAAUACCAGAUGAAAAACUGACUUAAAGCAAAACACUUCAGGAUCACAUCCUGUUCCUUCAAGUCCCACGCAGAAAUGAAUGUAUUUUUAGCUCAGGACCAUAAAAAAACAAGAUUUGUAACAAAUAAAAAAGAUGUGUUUAAAAUUUUUCAACCUUGUAAAAAUAAUUACCUACCCCAGACAAGAACUUUAAUGCAACUUUUUAUGUCUUAAAGUUCCAGGAACCAGCACCUUAACUUGAUUCCCUGUGUUUGUCCUAUUUUGUGAUGUACAGUGCCAUGCAAAAAAAUAUUUAUACCACUUAAACUUUUCCACAUUUCGUUAUAUUACAACCACAAACUUCAGUGUAUUUUAUUGGGAUCUUAUGUGACAGACCAACAAAAAGCAUUGCAGUAUGUAAAGUUUUUUUGUUUUUUCACAAAAAAGUAUAAGGUCUAAAUUUGUAUGUAGCCCAUUUACAUCUAUUCCCCGUAAAUAAAACAGAGUGCAACCAACCGCCUCCAGAAUGCACCUAAUGGGAGACACUGCAGAGUCCCCCUGGGUCUAAUGUCUUCCCAGCACAAAAGCACACAUCCUGUUUAGGCCUCAGAGGGUUUUCAGAAAGCAAACGCGAACAAACAACAUUGUAAAGAGCAAAAAACGCAGCAGGCACGCCACAGAUAAAGUUGUGGAGAAGUUUAAAGCAUCUUUAGGUUUUAAAACAAUAUUUCAAGUAUUCAACAUCUCAGGGAGCACUCCUCAGUCCAUUCACCAGUCAUGACACAGUUGCAAAUAUUCCUAGACAUCCGUCGAAGCUGACACGAGCAAUAGCAGAGAAUGAGCCAACGCUCACAUAGUAACUCUAGAGGAGCUGCAGAGAUCCAAGGUUUCGGUGGCACUAAAGGUUGCACAGUUCAUAAAUCCUGCAAGAAGAAAUUAGUGGUUGAAAAAAAAAAAAACAAUUAUAUGAAGUAUGAUUUACAGGUUGGCACAAGCCAUGCAGGGAUGUGGAAGAAUGUUGUUUGGGACAGUGUGUGAAAAACUCUUUGAGGUGGUAAACUAAAACUACACGUCCCCUUGAACACAUCAACCCCGGAGUGAAAUAUGCUGGCAGCAUCCAGCUGGAGGGAUACUUUUCUUCAGCAGGGACUAGGAAGCUGAUCAGAGUUGAUGGGGAGCCAUUUACAGGACAAGACUGGAAGAGAACCAGUCAGAGGCUAAGACAGACGUCACACAGGACCCUUAGUGCAGCUGAGGUUCAACUUCCAGUGGAACAACAACACUAAACACACAGCCAGAGCUACAACUGAUCAGAUCAAAUCAUAUUCAUGUGAAGAAAUGCUCCAGUUUAAGUGUUGUCUAAAGGGGAUAAACACAUAUGGGCAUCAUACUUCCCAGAACUUGUUUGUGCACAAAAACAAAACAAGAAAAAAAGAAAAUCAUGUUGCAUUUCCUUCCACUUCCGCCCUACGAAAAAA